AUGAAGUUCCCAAAUAUUAUCAACAACAACAACAACAAGAAAGAAGAAGACAAGACGGAGAUGAUUAAUAAAUCGACAGAUGCGUCUUCAAUGGCAGCAUCUGCAAAUAACAACAACAACAAUCAAUCAUUGAAUAUUAAUGAUAUCAUACCUCUUUCAACUAUCAUUUUGGGAAAAGACAAUAUUGAAGAUGAAAGUAAAUUAUUGUUAACUGGGUUAAUUGGAAAGAUUGAAUGGUCAACUUCACAACAAAGUAGAGUGAAUGUACAGAAACGUAGAAUCGGUAAAUUCAAGUCACUCUUGGUGAUUGACAUUUGCAUCGAGAAGCAGCUUCAAUCGUCGACGUUAAAGUGGAAUGUCGAGGAAGAUCAGUUUGACAAGUUUCAAUCACUCUUUCAAGAGGCGUUCAAGUACUUGAUUGACAAUGACCCGUUGCUAGUGGUUGGCAAGUUUCGCUUAAUUGUCGAGUUUUAUGAUAAUCAUCCAUACUUGGCUUCAUUCUAUAUCGAUGAUCAAUCAACAAGUACUAGUACGACGACAACGACUAUUCGAUGUCUAUUGGAUUUGGAUUGGUUAAAUGAAUGCAACAAUGUAGAAGAGUUUGAUCAUUCCAUCAAGAUAUUGACUCUAUCUUUGGUACUAAAGUAUUGGAUAGAGUGUCAUCGUGCAGUAUCCUAUCCUGCCAAUGUUCAAAGAGAUGCUCUUCAUUCACUCUUUGGCUAUAUGUAUAAUUUACAAACAUCAAAUCAUCCAAAUUCAAAUUCAAAUACAAAUACUUCCAAUACUUCUACAACUUCUACAACUAGUACAACAAAUAAUAGUGGAGAUGAUCAAAUAAUUAAAAGAUUUAUCAUGCAAGAUAUAUUUGAAUUGUAUGAUCAAAUUCAACUAUUGUUUAAUCAUUAUAAAUUAGACUAUCCAAUCAAUUCAUCCAUGAUUGAAUAUCUAUUGUAUCAAAAUGAUACUCCCCUCAUUGUAAAUAAUAUCAACCAAGAUCAUACACAUGCCACCUCAUCAAUAUCAUCAUCAACAUCAAAAUCAUUAUCAUUUUCAAAAAAUGAUAGACAAGAAUUAAUUGAUUUACUCGACCGAGUAGAUACAAAGAUAUCAAUGUAUUUGGGACAAAUACAUAUUGAUUUACCAUACGACCGUAAUGCACUACGUCAAGCACUCGAGAUUGGUGAUACGACUGAUCGUCGCCAAGCAAGUUAUGAAGUGAUCAAGACAUUUAGUUCGAGUAUCGAAUCAAACAAUGCUAUUAGACUGUCGAGCAAGAUUAGAGAGAGUUGGCUCAAUUCUCCGGAAUCGUCUGUUCAACCAGUGAUUGUGGUUGGUCGUGAGAGUAGAGCCUUUUCAAACCAGGCUUCUCUCUUUGCCAGUGCUGGAUACAUUUGUAUCAACGAUUCUAUUCGUGAUGCCAUUGCAACUAUUGACAGAUUGGCAUCAGAAACAAAUGUCCGUACCAUUCUCAAGGGUUCUGAAGACGACUAUCCAUCUAGUAUCCGACAGGAUAUAGUACAGGUGGUUGACAAACUAGCAAAAAUGACUGUGCACUUGUCACCGGCAGUUGCACGUCUUCGUGGUCUCGUAGCGAGUGUGCAUGGAGGGUUAGCACCAUCGACACAGAUUUACGGUGGUAUCCAACAUUUGCGUGAAGCACUCAUCAUCGUGACACAAAAGAGUAUGGCGUCAAUUGAAGAACUACAAAAAUCAACACUUGCACGUUUGGUUGAAGGAGUACAUCGUAGAAAAGGGUACCAUUACCAAACACACAACUCUCAGCCGGGUAUACUCGACUCUACCGGAUUCAAGACAUUGUAUAAUAUCUUGGAAUCGUUGUAUAGUCGUGCAAGGGGUGCUAUUUGGCUAGAAGUGUAUCGUCUGGAAGAUGCAAUUGGAAGUGUGCCAACUGUACCAUCAAGCUUUAGUGUUCUCCUCCAACGACCAAGUGUCAGUGGAUCAGAACGUUUCAGAGCCAACGAAUUGGAAGCCAAGAAUGAACAAGAACAAGUUUUACAAAAAUUGGUUCGUAUAGGUGGUGCCAAUCUCUACAUGAGUCCGAGUAAUGAAUGGGUUGAGCAUGCAACCGAUAUCAUCGAGGCGGUACCACUCUUUAUCUAUGAAAAGACAAUAGAGGUCGAUGGUAAACACACCACCGUCUUUGAAGUCGACCAAGAAGGCUUGGAGCAAACCAUCAGACAAUUGGCCGAGCAUUGGACCAAGAAUAUUCGUCUCACCAUCCUCUCUGAACACUGUGCAUUUGCCCGAGACAUCAUUUCAAUUGCUCAAAAUCAAUCGGAUCCAUUUAGAUUGUCGUUGGAUGAUAUCAUUGCUGUCACCUAUUACAUUGAAUCAGAAUAUGAUAAUCUUGCUGAAAAGGUUGAAGAACUAAUAGAAACUAAUUGGAAACAAUCAAAUUUUAUUACUAGAAUUGAAUCUUUACGUUUAUUAUUAUUACCUUUAGAUUUAACAAAUGAUGAAAAGUUUGAAUUAUGUAAAGAGAUUGUAACAAAAUCAAUUAUAAUAUUUCAAUCAAUAACAAAAGAAAACAAAGACAGAAUAUCAUUUAUGGCAUUUAAAAAACAAAGAAAUCUACCUGCUUUUCAUUUAUUAACUACAGAGGCUCCUGGUCUAGUUGAAGGUUUUAUUCAAGCAAUUUUAGAAGAAGAAAUGACAUUAAAAAAUAUAAUUGAAUAUCAUAAAUUAGAGAAAUUGGUAAAUGAAAAGAUUAAAGAAUAUAAUCAAGAGAUUUCAAAUUUUGGUAAAAAGGUUAUCAAUGAAUUCAACUAUACACCAAUUGUUGAACAAUACAUGUCACAGCUAUCAAUCGAUGAAAAUACUGCCAUUCUCAGAGUUGUAAAUGAUCAUGUAGUCAUUCAAAAACAAGUUUCAUUAUUAAUCUUGUUAAAUGAUUUGGAUAAAUUAAAUAACAACAAUAAUAAUAAUGAUAGUAGUUUGGAAUCAAAAAGAGUAUUGGAUAUAAUUAAUCGAUUAAAUGGAGAGGAAAAGAAUUUAUAUAAUAUUAGAAAUAAUGCAAUUGAAACUAUAUUUAAACAAAAUAUGAAUGAUAAGGAAUUCCAUCGAUUCAAUCCACAACAUAUUCAAAGAGAUUUGGAUGAUAUCUUACAGGUGAUACAAACCAAUCAAGUCUAUUUGGAUGAAUACAAAAAUUAUUUGGUUUGUGAGGCACGUCAAAAAGCAUUGGAACAAGCUUCUGAAAAAGAGUAUCCAGAUCUCUGUCUGUUGGAUCGUCAGACCAAGUUGUAUCGUUCAAGAACUGCUCUCUCUCGUACUUGUGCACGUCGUGAAGUGAUCUCUAAAUACCAACUACACUAUCAAAUGACUAAUCCUAGACUUUCGUGGUCUUGUGGUGCAGUCUUUUUAAACGAGAAUUCAGAUGAAAUGUUGGUACGUCCAACUGGCAAUAGAAAGAGAUACCACUUUAUCUACGGACCAUCACGUGUCAACCUUGGAAAGGACGAGCGCAAGAGUGUCGAGAUUUGGCCACAGUUUGUCGGUGCAACCGAUCCACUUUGUGCCAAGCAUGCCAAAGCGUUUUACUCGCUCAUUAAUCACCAACCGAUCGUGCGAACCAUCACCGCCGCUGAAAACCUCAAAGUGUCAGAGAACCAGUGGACUGCUCUGGUGCGGGCCGUUCGAAAUGUCCAAGCUCUGUUUGUCGAGCGGUUGGGUGUGGGUGACAUUGAAGAUUUGGCAUUCCAAUUCAACCAGCGUGGAGGAUUGGCAACUGCCGCCCAAAAAGAGUCAGAGGCAUACAUGUCUGGGCCGACUGCCGGCUACUGUAUUCCAAAAGAUCUGCUCUUUAAACUGUUUGUAGUCACUCAUCAAGACACACGUAAACUGUCUCAUAUUGGUAUUCCAAAACAUCUACAUCCAAUGAUUGUACAGUUGAUGGUCGAUGUCGCUUCGAAACAAGGUCAAUUCCAAUCGGCCAACGAAUGGGAGAAAUGGGUAUCACAAACAAUCUUGUCAAAAGAGUCGUUGGAGAAACGAUUCUCAUCAAGUGGUACCACCACUAGUGGUGACGAUGCAGCUCAACAAAUAUCAACCUACUUUAAACAAUAUGUCGAGUUGAAUGGUGGUGUUGUUUUGUUCCACUUGACAAAGUUGUGUCAGAUUUUGGGAUCGGUUGGUGUGCCAUCGCCACUCGUUCGAUUCGGUCGUGAUUUGCAUUCGGCGUUGUGGAGUGGAUGGGCAGAGAAAAAGAUUACGCUGGGUGGCGAGCAGGUCAACCGGUCGGUGGUGUUCCCCAUGACACGAGAGAUACCCGAGUCGGGCAAACUGUCGUCGCGACUCAACCCGUCGGCCGGUAUUGCCGCAGAGGAGCAGCUGCGCGUACACUUGUUUGGCGUGUACAAGGGUGACGACGACCAAAAACCACCUCCAGACGUAAGAUUUGCCUGGGUGAUGCGAGCAUUCCUUAUUAUGAGCGGUCACUAUAAAGAGGUGGCAUUGUCACUCGACGAGGAGGGUCAGACUGUUGCACGACUCAGUUGGCACGGUUUCCACCCCGACUCUACCGACAUUGAGGAUAUCAAAGCACGUCAGUACUUGGCCCAACACUUUUUAGAUGUAAAUGACUUUGAUCGUGCUGUUCCACACCACUGUCAAAUGAUCCAACAUCUUCAACUACAAUUCCCAAAGCAUACGACGGUUGGAGACAUUACAGUCACUGCCGUACCGGGAGUCAGCAGCGACGACCUUCUCGGGUUCUCUGCCGAGACACUGACACUGCUUGGCGAAGAAGCUGAUCGCGCACAAGAUAUUCUCCGCGGUCGUGCGGGUAUGUCGGUUGACCAGAUGGCCGCCAACUCACGUCUGCACAACACGCUCGACGACUGGGCCGGCCCCCUCGCCAACCUCCCCCACAACGAGCUUAAAAUCAUCAAAGAUGCCGUGGGAGCCCGUGUACACCCUCUCGCACUACGUUUGCGUGGGCCAGGCGACAACUUUUUGCGCGAUCUUCAGGCUCAGGAUGUUGUUGUCUUUUCCAUCAUCCAUCCGCAGCUGCUCGCGCUCAACCCAGCACAUCUACGCGACUUGAUGCUCAUCGGACGUCCCAACAGCGCCUUGUCGGCACUCGACCACAUUUCGCAGGGUCGUCACCGAUGUUGGUUCGAGAGAGACGUGAUGUUGUGGUAUGCUGCAGCACGUGCAAUCGACCAAGACGGCAACCGUGUCGCCAAAUGGACCGACCGAAACAAACUAGGAAGAAAAGCAGUCUACAAGGCAUUUGGAUGGGGUAACGAUCAUUACCAACCACUCCUAGGAACUGAUCUCCGUGAGGAGGUCAAUCGUCUAGAGAACCGUGCCAUGUUUGUGUAUGCCAUGCUAGAGCAGAUUGUCGGUAUCGAUGCAUCACGUCAAGAUUACAAGGACCGAUUGGUGGCAAUGGAAACAAUGAUGCAAGAGCAGUUGUUUAAUCGAUCCGCUGCUAACCGUGUAGGUGCGUCACCACUUACCCUUGCACCCGACCAGCUGCAACAAGAGAUUGAAAUACAAAUACAAUACGAACAACGUGUAUUAUUGGCAAACCGAUUUAAAAAGCGUGAUCAAACCAUUAGAGAGUCGUUGGAAGAGGUGAGAGAUGCUCCAUUUAUCCGUUCGAUCAAUCCUAUUCGUUGGUUGGCAUUGGGUGGCUAUCUUUUGCUAAAUGGUGCAGCUCCAAGAUUUGCAAAUAGAAUAUUAAAUGUUGUUCAACGUGCAUUUAGCCGUCUCAAUCAAAAAGACCACAUCUUGGAUGAAACCAAAUUAGAGUCAUUCUUAGAGACUGACAAAUCGGUUCAGUCGCUCAUUGUACCAAUGUUGGCAACAUCAAAAGUACAACUAAAAGAUCGCAAAGGAAAGAUGUUUAGUGUCAAGGCAAGUGAAGAACAUCUAGAGACUGCAGUCACUAGAAGAAAAGAACUCCAAAUUCAAUCUAAAAAGAAUACAACUCUUAAAUGGAGAGAGAAUGGGUAUCUCGCAUCUGGACUACCACUCUAUAGUAGUUUGACAAAAGUAGCCAGUCUAGAUGUCAUUGAAAAGACUUUAUUAGCACCCAUUAGAGAUAAUAUAAAGUCACUUACAGAUCACUUGGAAGUUAGAAACAAUGAACAUCAUACAUUACAAGAAGAAAAGAUUUAUAAUAUGAUUGGAUCAACACUUAAUCAAUGUAUAAAGACAUUAUUGGCAUUGGUUAAAUUAUCGAGUAUGGAUCAUGCAAAUGAACAACUGUUGGUUAAAACAAUUGAACAACUUGGUAAUCAAACCAAAGGAAAGGAAAUUGACCUCAAAUCUUGGGAUCGUCUUAUAGGUAGUUAUGAAGAAUUUGGUCUACUCAAUCAACUCUAUGAACAAGCUUACAAACACUUGUUUGGUGGUGACCAAGUUAGAUGGUUGGAAUUUACGGCAAUUGGUUGUGAAAUCAUGUCGACACUGCUACUGUUUGAAAAGAUGGCUGCACAAUAUCUUCUGACACCACUCGAAGAUAUCAAUGAAUCGGCAUUAUGGAGAUCAUUGGCAGAGUUUUAUGCAAAGACUAUUGAUGAUCAUUACAGCGAGUAUACUCCAUGGGGUUUGGAUCCAAAACGGUACCCUCGAUUUGCCAAUCUCUAUUUUGACGAUGUUGGUAUCUUGAAGAAGCAAUUCCAAGAGGAACAAUACCGUCUCUAUUGGAGUGCACAUCGUCAUCUCUAUCCAUUCAUACGUGCUAUUGUAAUGAAUAAGGUUUCGUCGAUUAAAAAUACUCUGUCAGAAUCUGAUCAAAACCAAUUAUUUGGUAAAUUGUCGUCCAAUGAACAAGUAGAGAUUCAACCAAUUGGAGCAUCUGCGCCACACCAAUACGAACAAUUGUGGAGAGUGUAUGGUCAAAUACGUGAAAUUGCAUUUAUUAGAAAUGAUGGAUUCCAAAUCCCACGUGUCUUUUCUAAUCUCGAUGCCAAAAAGGUAUUGGAUGUCACCAACAAGGUCAAUCAUGCAUUCCUCAGUCCUGUUGGUAGAACUCAUUAUGGUAGAGCUUUAAUGGAAGGUCCUACACUCAAUGAUAAUCUAUUUAUAACAAGAGAUGGUUCAAUGGCUGAAAUUCAAAAUAACAGCAACAAUAGAAGAGUUUUAACAAUCAAUGAUGCAUAUAUUUGGAUAUCUUUAUCAAGUUAUCGUCAACUUUUGGAAGAAGGAGAAGGAAAUCAAAAUAUUAUUGAAUCAAUAAUAGAAAAUGAAAAGAAAACAAAAUAUUUAAAUAUUUGGAGUGAAUCUAAAGGUGUAAUGAUUGCAGCUAGAUUCAUUUCACCUGUUAUUAUUGGUAGUGUUGUAACGUUGCAUCAUCAUCGUUUAGAACAUCAACUUUCAAAUGCUGGUUAUCCAACCACCGACAAAUCACCUUUCCUUUACGAGUUGACAUACAACAAGUCGCUCUAUCCAUUGAUAUUCAAUCCACCCGACCAGACUGGUGUUUUAUUGCCACCAGAAAUCGACUGGUUGCAAGUAGAGACACACAAGAUCAACAAUGACCAAAAGAUUAUCGAACGAAUCAAAGAACGUCUUUUACCUUUUGUUCAGACCUACCCUAUUAUCAUUGUAAAGGGUGCCGCUGAAUCUGGUGCUAGAAAUUUACAAAGAUUCGAUUUUAACAAGGAUGAUGAGAAUGGUGGUGGGUGGGCAGAAACACUAAAGACUUGUUGUACAUUUAUUUUAAAUGUAUCUCGAUCCCAAAAUGUGGUCAUUCAAAGGGCAAUCAUCUCAUCACCAUUGUUUUGGAUGAGUCAAUCGGCUAUUGACAGAAUGGUAACUAGACAAAUCAACGAUCAUGGUGUUAGUGUCGAGUUGAAUCGUCAUCCCAAAGACACUGUCUAUGGUACUCUUCGUAUCAUCAUGUCUGCAUCAUCUCCAACCUCUGAACCGUCGUCGUAUCAAGAUAAUAUAUGGAAGGCAUCUCAUCCAAUCGCACUCAAUAGUCUGCAAAUUGCUACCAAUGUCGGUCGUCAAGGUUCACUCGAGAUGUUAACACCCGACAUGCUAUCAGACGCACUCAAAGACUUGUUUAUGAAGCGUCUUGAAGAGGCUGGAUCCAAAGUCAUGCAAUCAAUGGUGCGAUUUGGCCCAACCUAUUGGAACGAACAGAUUAAACUGAUUGGUGACAACACGCUCGACAGCUACCACAAGAGAUUCCCACAUGUCAGAGAAAAGGAUGCCAACGGUGUACCCAUUUGGUGGCCUAGAUAUUUGAUGUUGGACUUUAUCGCCGAACCUAUCUGGAAGGAUAAGCGAACUGAUCAACUGGUCAGUACCGACGACAUUAACAAUUGCUCUAUUCAACUACUCGAUAUUGUACCUGCGUCGUCCAAGACUAACCGUGUCGAGUCUGUCUUUACACUUAUUGAUAAUCGCAAUGGAGCAGAGUUUGAAGCUCAGGUGGUAGACGUUAGAUUCUGGCAAUUGGAACCAAAUGUCGGUAUUGGUCUUUGGCCAAAUUAUUGGAAACGUGAAUUAGAACAUCAACAACAUCUCGUUAAAACUGGUACCCAACCUGAUAUCCAAUGGUCUCAAGUUGGUAAAAGUGAUCGUAUUGUUUUGGAAAACUUUUUAAUAGUUGGUAAACAAUUCAUCUCCUCAAUCCCAAAUUUAAAUAAUGUAGAAUUAAAUUUUAAUCAUGAUAAUGAAGAUGAAAAUCAAAAUCUACCAAUUGAAUCAUCAUCAUCAUCAUCAAAUCCAACUACUACUAGUACUACAACAACAAACAUUUCUUCAUCUUCCUCAUCUUCAACAACUACAACUACAAUUGAUAAAAUAAUUAAUAAUAAUGAUUUAAAUUUAGAAAAAGGGAUUGAUUUUAUAAAUGAAGGAAUAUUUGGAAAGGAUUUAAUUUCUUUAAAUGAUAAAACCAAGGAAAGAAUUGUACAAUAUAGUUUGGAUAGAUUGACAAGUUUUAAUCUACUUCCAACAAAUAUCGAUAUUUUAAAUAAUCCACUUUCCAAUCCAUACCAUAGUUCUAUCAUUGAAUUGGAUGAAAAGGCACCAACUCUUGCCAUCAUUGUUGGAAAGUUUAAAUUAAUGCAUAAUCAUUUCUAUCCAUUCAUGUCUAAACCUCAUGUUAACCGAUGUAUCACCAUGUCAAAGGAUGGAAACGAGUUGAUUGAAUUUUCAUCACUACGACCAAUCCCAUUUGACGCUUGUUAUCUCGUGGAACUACCAAAUAAUAUUGCAGGUGAAGAAGUAAUGUUUCACAAGAAACUAGAUAACAUGUUGGGAAGAGAAUGUGGAAUCCAAGUACUCAACCCAAGUGACACUAGUAAUGAAACAUGUGAUGAUAAAUAUUGGAUGAAAUCAAAGUUUACAAAUCUCUUACCAGUCGCCACACUUGAAAGAGAUAAAUGUUUGACUGAUUCUCAUAUCAUCAAAUUAUUACCAGAUUCAACAACUGGUUAUAUUGUUCAAGCUAGAAGAGGUACUACAGAAUCUGAAAGUGUUCAAUUUAUUGGUGAAACGGAUAAAGAAUCGGUAGCAAAUCAAAUAAUGGAUAGAUUCGAUGGAAAUGAUCAAAUAUUGUCAGACGUGGAAGAUGAUGAAUUAUUAGUAUCACCAUUUGUAAAAUCAAUAGGAUCAACUCCAUUUGUUUUAAGACUAAAUGCUUGUAUUGGUGGAUUAACCACAUGUGCUGUGGUUCAAGCUGGUAGUAAUCGAGAAACUAUCAUAUCUCCUCAUAUUAGAGGUUCAAAAUGGAUUAGAUUCUCAUCCAUCAAAGAUAUUCUUCAAGAUCACAAUGGUAAAAAGUUUAAUUCUCAACAUUGGCAAAGAUGGUGUGACUUGGCUCAAUCCAUUCGAUCACAAACCAAUCUACCAAUUGUUGGAAUUGAUUUUAUUGUGAUUGAAAAUCAACUAUCAAUCAUCCCACUGGAAGUUAAUGCAAGACCUGGUAGUCUUGUAAUGUCUGAACAACCAGAGUUUGAUCAAAAUGGUGAUUUUAUAGAUUCUAAAAUGAUCUCUCCUAUUUCAAUUUCUUUCUUUUCAUCUAUAAAUAAUAUUAAUAAUAAUAAUAAUAAUAAUAAUAAUAAUAAUAAUAAUAAUAAUAAUAAUAAUAAUAAUAAUAAUAAUAAUAAUAACGAUUCAAACACCAACAUUACAAUUCAACAACUACUUUUAAAUCAAUUAUCAAAUUUAGAAGAAUUUAAAAGAUUAGAGAUUAUUAAUAAUAGAUAUAGUUGUAAUGAAAAGGAAAAGGAAAAAGAAGAUGAAAGAUAUUUGGAUAGAUUUGAAAUAUUUAAACAAUUGUGUCAUGGAGCAAUUGAAAAUGGAUUUGAUCAAACUGUGAAAUGUGUAUUAAUAGCUUCAAAUGGUAGAGAUCGAGUAUUUAUGGGUCAUUCAGAUCUAAAAGGUUUGGGUGGCUAUACAAUUGAUGCAACCACUCCAAAUGAAAUUAUAUGUAUUGCUCAAAUUAUCCAACGAACAUCAGGAAUGGGUCAAGGAGGAAACAUUAUAUUAAAUAAUCAAGACCCUAAUUAUCCUUCACAUCAAUUCACAGUGCAAUCAAUCAUUGAACUUGUACAAAAUGACAAAGAGUAUUUUUCAACUCACAAAAUCCUACCAAAAUUAUUUGAUAAAAAUAAUUGGUACAAUUAUAUCAAGUCUUGUUUAUCUUUUAUUCUAUCACCAUUAAAUAAUUAUAAUUUAAAUGAUAAAUUUAAUUUAGAUUUAAUAUUUAGAUUUUCAGCAAUGGGUAAAUUAGGAUUAUCAACAAAUGGUGGAGUUAGUUCAAGUUCAGCAUUGACAGGUGCAUUUAGUUUGGCCCUGAAUAGUUUAUUACAAUUGAAUCUUGGUAUUGAUGAAUUGUGUAGAAUGGAUUAUGGGGAAUACUAUUUGGGCAAUAAUGCUGGUGCUGCAGACAAGACAUCACAGCUGUAUGCAAAAAAGGGUGGUAUAUCAGUGAUUGGAUCGAAUCCUGAAAGAUUUAUUAGAGCAUUACCUUUGGCCCCUUGUAUCGAUGUUUUCAUGGCAACUAGUCCAACACCUAGACUAUCAACUGUUAGUGGUAGAAAAUGGUUACAACUUCAAUUGGAAAAUGGGUCUCUCAAACCCAAUAAUGGACAAAGUACUGAUGAAUAUUUAGAAUCAAUAGUAGAAUGGGCCAAUGGAAUAAUGAAAUCUUUUGGAUCAGAUGUAUUUAUUACUGCUGUCAAUAUUUUAAAAGAGAGUACAUCAUCAAGUCAGAUUGACCAUAGUAUAGUAACGAGUGGAAUAGAUAAAAAUACAUUGGAAAUGAUUCAUACAAUUCUCAAUCGUUCACCAUUAUUGAGAGAAUUGGGAAAUAGAGGAGAAUUGGAGAAUUUAGAUCCAUCAUACAAAGAUAAUCCAAUCAAACGUUAUAAAUUAAUUUAUAGAUUAAUGAAAUUAUUACCAAUACGUUUGGAAAGAGAUCAUAACAAUACACCAUUAUAUGUUAGACAAUCAGCAUUGUAUGGAUUAUCAGAAUUGGAAAGAGGUGAUUUAUAUCAACAAUUGAUGAAUCAAUUAAAUCAAAAUAGUCAAGAUCAAACAUAUGUUUAUAAAUUAAUUAAUAUUAUAAAAUUAGCACAUGAUGGUGACAGACAAAUAUUGGAUUACAGAAAUUCAUUCAGACCAACGCCCAAUCAAUGGUCAAUUAAAGUAGAUAAUGACAGUAUUGACGAAUGGAUAAAAGGAUUGGAUGAAAAGGACCAAGAGGAUAGCAAUGGACUAGCAUAUCGUGUUGGAGGAUUCCAAAGAUCACUGGUAGAGAUUGAUGAAUUGGCAGAUAAAAUGCAAACACAAUUUGGUGGGUUGGCAGCCCUAAGAAUUGCAGCUGCAGGACUAGGUGGUAGUGUUUGUGUACACUGUCAUAAAUCAAUUACCAAUCAAGUUGUUCAAUUCCUCGUUCAACACAAUUAUCAAAUUCGUAAAGUUGAUCCAAGUUGUUCAUCCAAUCAAUUAUUUUAA